AUGCAACCUUGUAGACGAGUGAUUCGUCAGUUCUGCGAGACGACCACUCUUCAUGGCUUUAAAUAUCUGUUCUCUAAAUAUUAUUGUGAUAGAAUCGGAUGGCUAAUAUGUUGCUGCGCCAGCGGCUGUUGUGCAGCAGUUUUGUGUACAGUGGUGUGGGCGCGUUUUAUGCAAGUUCCAGCACUUCUGACCCUGGUAGAACUCUACGGAAAUCCUAGUGAGGUGGAGAUGCCACUGGUGGCUAUCUGUCCGCCAGUAGACUUAAUCGCUGAGAUGUUUGUUAAACGCUUCAAGGUGAAUAAAACUACCGCCACACAACUUCCGAAAAUAUUCAAUCGGCUCCUACGACGGAAGUACAUGCCGGAAGACCAGCUGGAUCUAGUCGCAGAGAUCCUCGAUCAGCACGAGCUCACCUUCACUCAAGCACUCUACGAAGUGAUGCCCGAAUGUGAAGACAUCAUCGUCAAAUGCCAAUGGCAGAAGAAGAGAUUGCCUUGUCGCCGUCUCUUUGAUAAGGAUUUGACCCAAUGGGGGAUUUGCUGUGUGGCUAAAUCAGAUGUUUUUAAAUCAACUAAAGUCUCUCGCAUGGAAUCUACGAGGAGAAUGAGUCUCGCGCUUCAGUGCCACGAUAAAUUGCUUUCACCGAAUUGUUAUUUUUAUACGAAGUACGAUGUGGAAGAAUGGUUCGAGCCCAUACCUCUAGCCCAGGGUUACCAUUAUGAAGCACAAAUGACAUUCGUUUCCGUUCAAGACAAGGACCCUAACAAACUCCUGGACGGGACGUGCGCGUCUCAUCAGUUUUAUUCGAGAAGCCGGUGCUUGUUGAAGUGUAUAGAGCGUCGUUGCGGAUGUCUAGAUGUUAUUCGAUUAAGCGACGAUCCUGCAGAAGCACAGCCCCUUCACACUUGUCCACUACGCAAGUUGAACUGUUUGAGAUCCUUGAAUCGUGAUAACAACACCUGUAACUGUUCGCCGACCUGCAAAAAAGUGUCUACUUCUUUGAUAUUGGACUCCAGUCCCAUGUCCGCUUUUAGACACACGAUUGAUAAUUUUUAG